UUUUCGGUGCAGGUUUUCAGUCCUGUGUACUUUUCUUCUGUUUUUCUCGUCUCUGUCCUUUGAUAACCGCCAACGCCAGCUUGGAACUCCCCGAGAGUUCUUCCUUCACAGCAGUACCUCCUUUUUUAGUUCAAGACUGAAGCUGUAAGAAGUCGAGCUUCAUUUGGCUGAAAUUGGGACAGGAUUUCCCAAACUUCCUUCGGGGAAAAAAAUAACCUAACUAACGGUGGACGAGAUUUAAUUCCUAGCGUAUGGCCCGCCGUUUAUUUGGAGUUUCUUAUUUUGUCUUAAAAAUUAGGAAUCUUCCAUUUUAUUUUUAUGAUAUUUUUGUUUUCUUGAAAAUGUUUAAGCCACCCGUUAACUAAUUUAGCUAUCUCCGUGAACCAGUUCUUUUUCUCUGGCUUCAGCGUCUUUUCACCCCCUCCCCACUCUUCUGAGUGUUGCUUUAUGCAUAACUGGUUUGAGAUAGGGAAGAACCAAACUCUAACCACUGUUAUUUAGUACCUAAACUACUUUUAAGCUUUAUCUAAGGGUUUGACGACUUAGCAUAAGGCCAAGGUUCUAGUCUCACUGAGUCCUUUUCAUGAUUAACCUGCCCUCGUCUGAUCUAGUGUUGUCUCCCUUCAAAUGCACUGACAUGGCAGCCUGAUUGAUCAUGCAUAAAUUGUGAUAGUUCUAGGUCACUUAUGCUUUGAUUGGUAACUGCCAAAUUCUGGAUGUAUUACUAAUGUAGAAGAGGCCAGAAGAAUUUCAAUCUUAGAUGUUUCUGGUGUUUGGAUACUUAAAGAAGAUAUUUGAAGACUGCUUUUGGAAUCGAAUAGCAUGGAUCCUAGCAGUGACUACCAUUUCCUCAAUCAGAUUUUGUGGAGAAGGGUGAAACUCACUUUGGUUUCUGGCGUAUUUGAGGGAGUUCUCCAGCAUGUGGAUCCUAACAAGAUUGUUGUCCUGAAGAAAGUGAAGAAUGUGGAGACUGGUCGAAGUGUUCCAGGAGUGAAGAUGUUUUUUGGGCAUGAGAUUCUGAACGUGGAACUGCUGGACGAAGUGGAACAAGGUGCGAUGAGAGAAAAGGCAUCUUCUGUCAGUCUAAAUACAGAAAGAACCAGGAUGGAUAAAGGUGAAGACCUGAACAUAUGUGAGUCUCUUUCUCCUUCCUCUGAGCCGCCAACCACCUCUCUGCUGAGUGACCUCAAGUUCAGCCCAUCAGAGGACGAGGAGGUAACAUACACAGUCAUUGAUCAGUUCCAGCAGAAGUUUGGUGCUGCAAUGCUCCACAUUAAGAAGCAGAGUGUCCUGAGUGUGGCAGCAGAAGGUGCUAAUGUGUGUCGUCAUGGGAAACUAUGUUGGCUUCAGGUGGCCACAAAUAGCCGAGUUUACUUAUUUGAUAUUUUCCUUCUGGGAAGUCGUGCUUUCAACAAUGGACUUCAGAUGGUAUUAGAAGACAAGAGAAUUUUGAAGGUUAUCCACGAUUGUCGUUGGCUUUCUGAUUGCCUCUCUCAUCAGUAUGGAAUUUUGCUGAAUAAUGUCUUUGACACACAGGUAGCAGAUGUCCUUCAAUUUUCCAUGGAAACAGGUGGCUUUCUUCCAAACUGCAUCAGUUCUUUACAGGAGAGUUUAAUCAGACACCUUAAGGUAGCCCCUAAAUAUCUCUCCUUUCUGGAAGAAAGACAGAAAUUGAUUCAGGAAAAUCCAGAAGUGUGGUUCACACGACCUCUUUCACCCUCCUUACUGAAAAUUUUGGCCUUGGAAGCUACCUACCUACUACCCCUUCGUUUGGUACUCCUGGAUGAGAUGAUGUCUGACCUAACCACCCUUGUGGAUGGGUACCUGAACACUUACCGAGAAGGGUCUGCAGACCGCCUGGGGGGCACAGAGCCUACAUGUAUGGAGCUUCCAGAAGAACUGCUUCAACUCAAGGACUUCCAGAAGCAGCGCAGAGAGAGAGCUGCAAGAGAAUAUAGGGUGAAUGCACAGGGACUCCUAAUAAGGACAGGGAUAUGUCCAAAGAAAUCAAUGACAGAGACAGUGGGGAAAGAGGGGAAAGGGGGGGUUUCGUUGCUUUGUAAGAACUCUACACCAGAUAAAACUCCAGGUUUUACAUCUCAUCAGGAUAGGAAUUUGCUGAUAGAAAAAUCUAAAAAUAAACAAACUCUGACAGAAUCUCAACAUCAACCUCCCAUGAAGGAAGAAACCAGUGAGGAUGGUGUCAACAAACUCAUUUGCCCUGAGCCAGAGGGGCUAGAGGACCAGGGGAGAAUAAUUCAAAAAGAACACGGUAAGAUACCCAAACAGGAAUUUCAGACAAGUUUAUCUUUGAAAGAGGAGAUAGAACAGUUACUGAUGCUAGAAAACAAGGAUGACCUAAAAUGCACAAAACAAGAUUUUUCAGUGUCUCCUUCCCUUCCUCAGGAAACCAGAGUGUCUCCAAGUGACACCUUUCAUCCUUUUAGAAAAGCUGUGCUUCCCACACUUCCUCCCUGUCCAGCCUUGGAGAAAACCGAUUCUUGGAUUAAUUUCUCUCCAAAUUUAUCUUAGAGAUGUGCAGUUUAUUCUUGAGACCAUGAAGAUGGCUCAUUUCCUGUGCCAGAAGGACUUUCCUCAGUGCUUAAGUUGGUCAUGUUGUAAAUUUAGGAUUGCCUCAGUCACAGAGGAAGGAAGACUUCAGCGAAAAUUAUAUCCUCUUGCUUACUCCUGCAUGCCUAGAAUUUGGUUAGGAGGGAAUGAAUAAGUUAAAUAGUGGAAGAAGUAAAUGUUUUGAUUAUGUCACUGUGCAGAAAUGUUCCCAGUGUUUCAGAGUGAAUGAUUUCUCAUAAUUUGAAGAGGGGAAAAAAUCUUAAGCUUAGUACCUGGAAGAAUCUUUACUCUUAAACUUUUUUUUUUUUUUUUUUUAAUGUAAGCACUAUGCCCAAAGUGCG